AAUAAAAACAAAAACAUAAAAAAGUAAGAUAAAAAAGCCGAAGAAGCGCUGGCAGAUUCCAUGGCCGUGCUGUAGAAACUUGAAAGAGAACCCAAUUGAAGUUCGAAACUUCCACUGCGUUUCGGGAAACAAAAAAAGAAAAAAGAAAAAAAAAAAAAACCGUGUCAGCCUCUUCACGUAUUUGUUUCCCCCCUCUAUGCGGUGAGGCAUUUCAUUAUGGCAGACUUACCAGGCUAUGUUCGUGCCUGCUUGCAUACUGGGAAACUUGCUUCUUUGGCAAUUUUGGUCUCUGGGGGAAUUGUCUUGCAAAUUUUGGCAUGUGCUUUGUACAAUAACUGGUGGCCAAUGCUAACUGUAAUUAUGUACGUGAUUCUUCCCAUGCCAUUGUUUUUCUUUGCUGGGUCUGAUGGUUAUUCACUAUUAUCUGAAUCUGACAAUAGCUGGGUGAAUGCAACCAAGUUCUUGACUGGAGCUUCCGCUGUUGGAAGCAUUGCAAUACCUGUUAUCUUAAAGCAUGCUGGUGUCAUCAGUUGGGGUGCUAUGGCAAUGGAGAUUUCAUCCUUUUUCGUAUUUGUACUCGCCAUCAUGUGCUACAUACGAAUGACUGAUGAAGAGGAUUACGGCGGAUUCUAAGAAAUGGCUCUCUUGGGCCCUCUCUAUUUGUGUAAAGAAGUUUAAUUUCUGCAUUCGAGGCACUUUAUUUUCUGUUUCUGUGAGUUUUGCUUCCAUAUCUGUUUAUAGUUACAUAAUAUAUAUAUAUAUAUAUAUACAAAUAUAUAGAUCAGAAGCCAAUUUUUGCUUUUGAUUGAGUUUUAUUCUUUGUCAA